AUGGCGUACCCGUGGAGAUGCGCCAUUGCUAUCACCCCUUCCGGAGUCCGUCUCCUCCUCCUCUGGUGUCCGCCUCUUGUCUCGCAUUAUCCCUUUCUCCUCCCCCCUUCCCCACUCGACCCACCCACGGCCACCACCGAUGAUGUCCAUCACCUCCACCGUCGGGACCCCGCUCUGCCCGCCGCCCGUCUCCAGGGGCGGACGGCACGGAGGCAGAUGUGCCGUCUGAGCCCAAGUUUUGCAGCGGCCGGAGACGGGGGAGCGGUGGAUUCGUCCGAGCAGAAGUCUGUGGAGAUAAUGUGCAAGUUCUCGGAGCAGUAUGCCCGCCGCUCCAGCACCUUCUUCUGCUCCGACAAGUCCGUCACCGCCGUCGUCAUCAAGGGGCUUGCUGACCACAAGGAUCAACUCGGAGCUCCUCUCUGCCCCUGCAGGCAUUAUGACGACAAGGCCGCCGAGGCGGCCCAAGGCUUCUGGAACUGCCCGUGCGUCCCCAUGCGAGAAAGAUUUUGCUAUUCGUUGUUGCAAAGGAGUCCUCGAAAUUCCUGCCCAUCUUGAAGGAAACAGCAAAAUCAUUCAAGGGAAAGCUUUUAUUUGUUUUUGUGGAGCGUGACAAUGAGGAAGUUGGUGAACCUGUUGCCAAUUACUUUGGAAUUACUGGACAAGAGACCAU